AUGGAAUUUUUGAAUGUUGGUGAUGAGCUGCGUGGAGAAGGGAUGAAGAGCCGUGUGGUGAGUGAGCAAAUGAAUCAAGCAAGUGUGAUAAAUGAUUUAGAUGUGUAUAAAACCACGUUUUGCUGGUGGAUUGGGUGCCAGGGAGAUGCAAUAGGCGAGACAGAGGAGUUUGAUGUGCCAUACACUGAGGACUGGAAUUGUUUUCUAGAAUUGAAAGGAAGCAAAUCUAGCGGCAUUAGAGCACACGUCAAGAAUAAUUGUGAAAGCAUCAAAGCAUAUGGUCAUGAAAACAUUAAGACAAAUGCAAACGCAUUGAAAACACCAUAUAUGCUCAGAAAAGAUGCUAUUGCAUUGCAAACAGGAGACUGUGUUUAUUAUACAUCAGCAACCAACUUUUAUGUCAACAGUGAUGAUUCAGACAGUGAAGAUUCGGACAGCCUGUGCUUUAGCCAUCAUGCACACCAUUGCCAAUAG